AUGCGAGACCAUGCCAAAGGCCUUGCUAAAGUCAAGGGAGCGCUCGGUGCGCUGCUUCUGCAGCUGGUCAGACAGAUCUCAUGGCUGAGAUCGCUGCCGGACGCCAGGAGAGAGCACAGGUCUCUCUGGCUUUCUUCGUGUCCCUCUCAGCAGACAGUGGUGAGUGAAGCCUCAACCAGCUGUCCCGGUGCGCAGCUGGGGUCCCACUUCCUACAGAAAGGAAGUUCAGAGGUUGUACCGGAGCAUUCAUCCUCAGGCAUCCCCGCAGGGCAAGGAGAGAGCCAGCCCUGGGCAGAAGUAGGGGAGUUCCAAAUCCCUGAGAGCUCCAGCUUGGAGCCAGUUCUCCGCAGCGCAAAGGGUGACCCAGCUCAGCGAGGGCAUUUAGAGGAAGCUGCUUUCCAAUUGCAGCAGAUUUUCCGGAUUGACAUUUCCAUUGCAUUGAAUAUCCUCGGGAUUGAAAGUAUGAGAGCGGGCCAUUACAGGAUAGCCUAUACUUGCUUCAAACUGGCAGCAGAUCGAGGCUACAGCAAAGCCCAGUUCAACGUGGGUCUGUGUUACGAGCAUGGCAGAGGCACGGAAAAAGACUUGGAAAAGGCAGCUUUUUAUUACUACCGUGCGGCCAGCAGCUGUCACCCCAUGGCACAGUACCGCUACGCUCGAUACCUCUUAUGUCACAGACCUGAAAAUGAAUGGGACAGGCAUCAGAAGGCAGUGACUUUCCUGGAGCAAGCAGCAAUGGCCGGGAUUACGGAGGCACAGGCUUAUCUUGGAGUCUUCUACAUGAGAGGGCUGCAACCUAAGGAAAAGAGAGGUCUGAAGUACCUGCUGCUGGCAGCAAAGAACGGCGAUGCCCAAAGCAGGUAUCACGUGGGCGUUUGCUAUGAGAAGGGCCUUGGAGUGCAGCAGAACCUGGCAGAAGCGAUGAGACACUACCGGCAGUCAGCUGCUGCGGGGAACAGGAACUCCCGGGAGAGACUGCGACUGUUAGAAGAGGAGGUGGAAGAUGUGAGAACAGAGCAUCCAUUCCCUUCCGGAAUAAGAGCCUCUUCCUCUAGCCCCUGUUUCUGGGCUGCUGAGCGUGUGCCUGCAGGCCUCCACCCCACCCAGCCAAGACAAUCUGCCCUCACCCUGCCCCACUCUUGGAGCGCAGACAGACUCCACAUGAUGACUCUUGGUGGUGCAGGAUGGAGCCAUGCCCUCAGAAACAGAGCAACACCGCUGGAACUGCAGUGCUUGGAGCCCCACCGCUGCUGUUACUAGAGCAGUCGCUGCCACGCUGCCUACAGAACAGGAGCACUGUCUUCCAGCCCAAGGCUCUUCCCACGUGCCGACAGCUGCCGCAGAAGCCCCGAGCCC